GUUGACGCGGCGGUUUCCGGUGAGUGCGAGCAACAGAGACCCGGGGGGAGAAGCACACAGGCCCAAAGAACCGGGCGAUACCGGAGAGAGUGGCCCGGAUACCAAAAUCAGCGGCCUAACAUACUGACACCACUUCCAGAUAACAGCCAUGGCAUCUUGCUUCACUAACAGCGAGGAGGACCGCAGCCUCAGGGAGUGUGAACACUAUGUGCAGAAGCACAAUAUCCAGCAACUCCUGAAGGACUGCAUAGUACAGCUGUGCACGGCCAGACCUGACAGACCCAUGGCCUUCCUCAAGGAAUACUUUGAGAGGCUGGAGAAGGAGGAAGCAAAACAGACAUUAAACCAACAGAAGUCAGGCUCUCGCUCGGACUCGCGUGAGGAUGAGAUUUCCCCCCCUCCUCCUAUGAACCCUGUGGUUAAGGGCAGGAGGCGUCGUGGGGCGAUCAGUGCCGAGGUCUACACAGAGGAAGAUGCUGCUUCUUAUGUCCGGAAGGUGAUUCCUAAAGAUUAUAAGACCAUGGCUGCUUUGGCUAAAGCGAUUGAGAAGAACGUUCUCUUUGCUCAUCUGGACGAUAAUGAAAGAAGUGACAUCUUUGAUGCAAUGUUUUCGGUCACAUACAUUGCAGGAGAGACUGUCAUACAGCAAGGUGAUGAAGGAGAUAACUUCUAUGUUGUUGACCAGGGUGAAAUGGAUGUUUAUGUGAGCAACGAAUGGAUGACCAGUAUUGGUGAGGGAGGCAGUUUUGGCGAGCUUGCUUUAAUAUAUGGCACCCCUAGAGCAGCAACUGUGAAAGCAAAAACCAACGUUAAGUUGUGGGGAAUCGACAGAGACAGCUACAGGAGAAUCCUUAUGGGAAGCACAUUAAGAAAGAGGAAGAUGUAUGAAGAAUUCCUGAGCAAAGUUUCUAUUUUAGAAUCCCUUGACAAGUGGGAGCGUUUCACAGUAGCGGAUGCCCUUGAACCAGUGCAGUUUGAGGAUGGACAGAAGAUUGUGGUGCAAGGAGAACCUGGAGAUGAAUUCUUCAUUAUUUUAGAGGGUAUUGCUGCUGUUCUGCAGCGUCGCUCAGAAAACGAGGAGUUUGUGGAAGUCGGGCGACUGGGACCUUCUGAUUAUUUUGGUGAAAUAGCUCUUUUAAUGAACCGACCUCGUGCAGCCACAGUGGUAGCCCGUGGCCCCCUGAAGUGUGUGAAACUCGACCGCCCACGCUUUGAACGGGUCCUAGGGCCUUGCUCAGACAUCCUGAAAAGAAACAUCCAGCAGUACAACAGUUUUGUUUCACUGUCUGUCUGAAUAACCUCUCCCUCCCAAAAUCUUUUGGAACCCUCUCACCCUCUGCCACACCAUAUCACCUCUGCAAAUAGCUUUUCCACGUCAUCACAGCUCCUGUCUGAUUUAAAAAUGACAAAUGAAGCCUCCCCAUCCUUUUUUGUGUUUAAGAGCUAUAUACCGUUUCCUAUAAACUAUUUUGCUGCCAGAGUCCUUUCUGACCGCAGAAAUACAUGUUCACCCGUAGACCCAAACUGAGCUAAUACAGUGGUGUAAAUAGGUUACCUUAUGGUGAUUAUUAACAUAUUUUCACAAAUUUUGUAGUUCAUUUUAGACGCAGGGAGUAUUUAUUUGAUUUAUAAAUAAUUUAGGGUGAAAUAUUGUUGGAUCAUUUCAUUCAAAUAAAAACAGAUUUAACUUGGUUUGAUAAAUAUUUCUGUAUGAAUACGUUUUUUGAUAUUAACCCCUUGAAUGGGGUUAGUUUAUAUUAAUAAAAAAUAAAAAGAAAAUCAACAAAUCAAUAAAUGCUAUCUGACGGGGGAAAAACAGCUAGAAUAGUAACUAUGGCACAGAUCUACUGUAUAUGGUAUGAGACCUUUGAGCUGAAGAUAAAUUAGUUUAAGUUCGAUCACCACAAUGUCUUUAGUUCACUUUAGGUUUAUGAAACAUUUAUAGCUAUAGCUGCUUCUUUCCGUGAAUGUAAGUGCAUUUCUAUUUUUCUCAAGGGAGUUGGCAUUGCUUGUUUUCUGGCACCAAAAUGAGUUGUCGAGAUUUAGAAAUUGUUUGUUUUUUUUUUUUUUUUUUCUUUUUUUUUUUUUUUUUUCUUCUCUCCAAUUAUUUAAGCCUUCAUUCACACUGCUGUAUUCCAAUUUUAUUUUAUUUUUUUUUGUAAUAUUUCACAGGUACUAUGAAUAUAUUAUCUCCAGUGCAGCACCAAGAUGUUUUAAAAUGGCUGGUUCUUAUAGCUGGUUGUUAAUGAGCUUUUUUUGAUUUUGUGGCUUUUUUUAUAUAUAUAUAAGUAUAAAAUUCUAUGAGUGCUUGUUAAUGAUUUGAGACUCUGUUCUGAUCAACAUCUUUCAAUCAGGUUUUUAGAUAUUUUAACUAUUUUCAUUUAUAAAAUUUAGCCAAAUUGAGUAACUAAAUGUAUCUGAACCAGUUUUUAUAUAUAAUAUAUAUAAAUGUGUGGGUUUUUUUUUUUUUGGUUUUUUUUUUUACAUUUUCAAAAGAUCAAGUUAAAGCAACCUCUUAAAGGGAUACUAAACCCAAUUUUUUUCUUUCAUGAUUCGUAUAGAGCAUGCAAUUUUGAUAAACUUUCUCAUCUACUCCUAUUAUCCAUUUUUCUCAUUCUCUUUGUAUCUUUAUUUGAAAAAGCAGGAAUGAAAGCUUUGGAGCCUGUCCAUUUUUGGUUCAGCACCCUGGAUAGCGCUUGCCUGAUUGGUGGCUACAUUUAGCCAUUCAAUCAGCAAGCACAACCCAGGUGAUAAAUCUAAAAUGGGCCAGCUCCAAAGCUUUUUAUGCCUGCUUUUCCAAAUAAAGAUACCAAGAGAACGAAGAAACAUUGAUAGUAGUAGUAAAUUAGAAAGUUGAUUAAACUGCAUGCUUUAUCCAAAUCAUGAAAGAAAAAAAUUGGGUUUAGUAUCCCUUUAAAUUAUCCAACUCUUAGUCUUUCUCCUUAGUGUUUUAUUUCUCAGGAGCUUUCAAAUACACUGACAGUUUGUUUUCAUGGUAUAAAUGAUAGAAUAUUGUACAAUGCAUAUAGUGAAGACACAGUUUAAAUUUAACUCUAUUUUUCAGCUGUCUGUCGCUUCAUCCAUGUGAAAUCAUGCGGUACAAUAGGAUUUCAUUAUAGUAGGCAGCAUUUUUUUUUUCUCUUUAAAUUUUACAGACACUGUAAUCAUUCUUUGUCUGUUUCCCUUUGUGUGUUAGAUUUGCCAUGAAUAAAAUGAGAGCAGCUGGCAAAGGGGACCCACAUGGUCACCAAAUGUACUUUAACAGGGACAUAAAACUAAUUUUUCUUUUGUUUUGUAAGCUACACUAUUGUGAGAUUAAACAAUAAAAUUCAGUGUAUUUGUUGAAAAUAUUCCUCUCACAUUUAAUAUGUGUAGAAAUCACUGCACCUAUGAUUGUGUACGUAAGACAUGUUGCCAUUUGUGAUUUCUAAUGUCUAUCGGAGAAAUUCAAUUUAAAAAAGAGUUUUAUAUCCCUAGAAGGACAUAACUCUCCCAAGUAAAGGGAAAAUGUUCUUAUAGCACAGUUUUACUUUAUAUGGAGUUUAUGGUUGGAUAAACCACAGAAUCCAAAAAUACUUUUACAUUAUUGUGCAGGUUGUAUUUUUAAAGUUUGUACGUAGCACUGCUUAUAGCAAAAAAUAUAUGUAAACAUAGGUUUGUGCUUUAGCUAUUGCAGCAGCCUUUGUCAACUCAAAUUGAUUGAAAAUCUAAACUUUAUUUCACAUUGAGAAUUUUUUCAGAUUUUAUUCACAGGGGUCGACAAAUCUGUUUCAAAAUUUAGGAGCGAGUAAGAAUAUUUAAGUUAUACAUACUUUUAGGAGCCAGAUAGGGAUAUUUGUAUAUAGAUAAAUGAAGAAUAACCCACAAAGUUAGGAGCCAGGGGCAAAUUUUUAGGAGCCGGUGGCUCCUGCGUUUGUCGAGCCCUGUUUUUUUGGAAGGCAAAAACCUGAGAUUUUUAUUUCUCCCCUACUGAAAAUAUUUCUUUUUUUAAAUGCUAUUAACCAAAUAAAUAAAGAUUUAUUUUCUUCCCUAAAUAUUUUCAAACCAUAGGAACUGUUUAUACUGUCAAUAAUGCAGUAUAUAACAUGCUGUUGUAUAACGGCUUUCCUGCUGGAUGGUCCAAUUUUGUUUUUUAAAUAACCUGCCUACAAUUUAUUUUUUUCUCAACUUUUUUUUUUUUUCCUAUUUUUUUUUUUUUUUUAAAGCUUUGAAAAACAUUUUAAUUGUGCUGAAGCCACUUUAAAAUUCAAUAUAAUCACACAUACAGCUCCACAUUUUUGUGUGCAAUCUACAUAUGUUUGAAACCACAAUUUGUAUAGUUUUUUGCCUUAGCUGACAUAUUCAGGGCGGUAGAAGUAAUUAUUUGCUAGACCACCCUUAUCAGAUAUUUCAAGUUUGUGUCCUAGAGGAUUAAAGUAUAGUCAAAAAGAGGACCAUUUUUGUAUCGUUACCGACUAUAUAAUUAUCAUUUCCUGUAUGUGCUAAAAUAUAUAUAUAUAAAUAUAUAUUCCUUUUGUUAUAGAUUAUCCUAAAAGCAGGUCGAGCAAUAAAAUGAUUUUAAUUCUUA